ACGCGGUGUUUUUCAAUUCACAUUGUGGACUCGAUGAUAAUCAUGGUAGAAAGCGUAAAGAGCAAGAGGACGCGACAUACGAAGAAGAAAUUGAACAAGAUAAGCGCUGUACAUCUAUCAAGGAAGCAGUAAAGUUUGCAAAGAUGAAUAAUCUUUUGGGAGUCAUUUUUGAGGCCACAUUAUUGGUUCAUGUUCCAUCAUUAAUAACUAAUGUUAAGCAAGCCGGAUUAAUAUUAACUACAUUUGGAUCGGCGAAUAAUGAUCCUCAUAAUAUUCGAAUCCAAGAAAAAUACGGGGUUGAUGCUAUGGUGAUUGAUGGUGUCAUCAAAUACAAUGCACGAUAA